AUGGGGAAAGGCUUCUACAUCAGCAAGACUUUGGGAAUUGUUCUCACUGUGGUGGGAGUUGCAGCGGCUGCCACUAUAAUUGCUCUGUCAGUUGUAUAUUCUCAAGAAAAAUCAAAAAAUGUGCCAAAACCUACGGAUGGCGCAGGGACAACUGCUCAGGUCUCCACCACUCCAUCACCUCAUGCUUCCACCACCCCGACACCAUCCAAUGAACCUUGGGACAAAUACAGGCUUCCUGACACAUUGGAACCUGAGUAUUACAAUGUGACUCUCUGGCCACGGCUUCAAAUGGAUGAACAUGGCAUGUACAUCUUCACAGGAGAAUCUGGUGUUGCUUUCAGAUGUGUUAAAGAGACAGACCUUAUCCUUAUUCACUCUAACAAGUUGAAUUUUACCAUGCAAGAGGGGCACCAUGCCCAGCUCACAGGUAUGGAUGGCACAACAGCACCUACCAUCAAUAGCACGUGGCUUCAGGAAAAAACACAGUACUUAGUCAUUCAGCUGAAUGGUAAAUUACAAACUGGGAAAUCUUACUGGCUCUACAUGGAAUUUCGAGGAGAACUUUCUGACGACCUUGGAGGAUUUUAUAGGAGCGAAUACUAUGAGAAUGGAGAGAAAAAAGUUGUUGCCACAACUCAAAUGCAACCCACAGAUGCUAGGAAAGCCUUUCCCUGUUUUGAUGAGCCUGCAAUGAAAGCCAUCUUUCACCUGACUCUCAUUCACCCUCGUGGAACUGUUGCUCUGGCAAAUGGCAUGGAGAUUGGUAAGUUAGCCAUUCUUCCAGAGACCGUAAACAUCAAUGUAGAUGGUCAUGAGGUUUCCCGGACUAGAUUUGAGCCUACGGAGAAAAUGUCAACCUAUUUGUUGGCCUUUGUUGUUAGCGAAUUCACUUUUAUACGAACACCUCCGUCGGAUGAAGUAUUGAUCCGAAUCUGGGCUCGAAAAGAAGCUAUUGCAGCUGGACAAGGAGAAUACGCCCUCAGUAAAACCCUGCCCAUUCUCAAAUUUUUUGAAAAGUACUACAAUUCUCCGUAUCCUCUCAAAAAAUCAGACCAAAUAGCUCUUCCUGACUUCAGUGCUGGAGCCAUGGAGAACUGGGGUCUCAUCACCUAUAGAGAGACAGCACUCCUUUACGAUCGCAACAUGUCCUCUAAUGGAGACAAAGAGUGGGUAGCAACUGUGAUUUCUCAUGAGUUGGCACACAUGUGGUUUGGAAACCUUGUGACCAUGAGGUGGUGGAAUGACCUAUGGUUAAAUGAAGGCUUUGCAACCUAUGUCUCAUAUCUUGGGGUGAAUGAUGUUGAACCUGACUGGACUAUUAAAGACCUGAUGGUGCUGAAUGAGGUUCAUAAGGUGUUUGCAGUGGAUGCCCUGGCCUCUUCGCACCCACUGUCUUCACCAGAAGAUGAAAUAAUGAGGCCAGAGCAAAUCAAUGAACUAUUUGACUCUAUCACCUACAGCAAGGGUGCAGCUGUGCUGAGAAUGCUGUCUGAAUUUCUGUCUGAGCCUGUCUUUGUCAAGGGACUUAGUGCUUAUUUGAAACAGUUUGCCUACAGCAACACAGUUUAUACAGACCUUUGGAAGCAUCUUCAAGAUGCAGUGGACACAACUCCAGGUUUGCAAAUUCCAAGCAGUGUAACUGAAAUCAUGAAUCGCUGGAUACUCCAGAUGGGCUUCCCAGUCGUCACCAUUAACACAGCCUCAGGACAGAUUAGUCAAAAGCACUUCCUCUUAGACCCAGAUUCGCCAGUGGACAGACCGUCCCAGUACAACUAUGUAUGGUUUGUGCCUAUAAAAUGGAUGAAGAAUGGAAUGGAUCAGGGACAACACUGGCUGCUUGAAGAAACAGCUCAGAAUGACCCGAUGAAAACAAAUGAUUGGGUUCUUGCCAAUCUUAAUGUUUCGGGAUACUACCGAGUUAACUAUGACGAGGGCAACUGGCAGCGCCUUCUAACACAAUUAAGCACGGACCACACGAUGAUUCCGGUUAUCAACAGAGCUCAAAUAAUAGAUGAUGCGUUUAAUCUAGCAAGAGCAAAGAUUGUCAGUACAACACUGGCCCUGAGUACAACAAAGUACUUAUCUGAGGAGAAGGAUUACAUGCCAUGGGAAUCAGCCAUUGACAAUUUGGGUUAUUUCUUUCUUAUGUUUGAUCGCACUGAAGUCUAUGGGGCAAUGCAGAACUAUCUCAAAGGAAAAGUCUCGCCUUUAUUUGAACACUUCAAGGAUAUCACAUCAAACUGGACAAAUAUUCCCACAAGUCACACUGAACAAUACAACCAGGAAAAUGCCAUUUCACUAGCAUGUAGUACUGGUUUGAAGGAGUGCACAGAUCUGACAACAAGAUGGUACAGAGAAUGGAUGCAGAACCCUGACAGCAACCCAAUUAAUUCAAACCUCAAAUCAACUGUUUACUGCAAUGCUAUUGCUGCUGGUGGUGUAGAAGAAUGGGACUUUGGCUGGAUGAUGUUUAAAAAUUCUACAAUUGCAGCAGAGGCCGACAAGCUGAUGUAUGGGCUAUCAUGCACUAAAGUUCCAUGGCUGUUGAACAGGUACCUGGACUACACAUUGGAUCCAACGAAAAUAAGGAAACAAGAUGCAACCUUCGCCAUUGUGUACAUUGCUGGCAAUGUGGUUGGACAGCCAUUAGCAUGGGACUUUAUCAGAGCAAACUGGGAUUAUAUUUUUAGCGACUACGGCGGUGGAUCACUCUCAUUUGGAAGGCUUAUUACCGGUGUUACAAAAAGGUUCUCCACAGAAUUUGAGCUUAAGCAGCUACAACAAUUCAAGGAGGAAAACGCCCAGGUUGGAUUUGGCUCUGCGACAAUGGCAGUUGAACAGGCCAUUGAGACAACCAAAGCCAACAUAAAAUGGGUGAACGAGAAUAAGGAGGAAGUCAUGAAAUGGCUCAUAUCAGAAACAGCAUGA